AUGGUAGCCGCGCGCCUCCUCGCGCGGGCCACGAGGCAAUGCGCCGCCGCGGUGGUGGCGUCCGCUGCGAGGCGGCCGCUCGGCGGUGUGGCGGCGGUGGCCGCUCGCCCGCUCGGCUCUUCCUUCGGCCCCGCCAGGGUUCCAUAUAUGUUGAAUCAGCCCUUGAGAUACUCAAGCAACAUCUUUCAAAGGUUUGGCUUUUCAUCUUCUACCCCUCAACAAAAUGAUAAGGAGGUACAUGAACCCAAAGACCAGGAAAGUACUGCACAUGAAUCGAAUGGUGAAGCUUCAAAGGAAGACAGUGGUUCGUCUGGAAGUACAGAAGAUCUUGAUCUGUCAAAGGAGGAUCUAGUGAAGCUAGUUUUUGAGAAGGAUGAAUUAUUAACCUCGAAAGAUGAAGAGAUCAAAGAUAUGAAGGACAAGGUUUUGCGCAGCUAUGCAGAAAUGGAAAAUGUCAUUGCCAGGACAAAGCGUGAAUCUGAGAACUCGAAAAAAUAUGCAGUGCAGAACUUCUCUAAGAGCUUGUUAGAUGUUGCUGACAAUUUGGCUAGAGCUUCAUCUGUUGUAAAGGAAAGCUUCUCAAAAUUAGAUACAUCCGAAGAUUCUAGUGGAGCUGUACCAUUACUAAAAACCCUACUGGAGGGUGUUGACAUGACUGAUAAGCAACUCGGAGAGGUUUUUAAGAAGUUUGGAGUCGAAAGGUUUGAUCCGUUAAAUGAGAAAUUCGAUCCUGAUAAGCAUUUUGCACUUUUCCAAAUUCCUGAUCCUUCAAAACCAUCCGGAACUGUUGCUUCUGUUGUGAAGGUGGGGUACAUGUUACAUGAUCGCGUGCUCCGUCCUGCGGAAGUUGGUGUUACAGAGGGAGGUCCGUCCGAAGAGCCUGAGGAGAAAUCAGGUGGAGAUUAG